AUGGCGCCCUCGUUAGAAGAGCCCGAAGCCGUCCAGGACGUCCUCGACAACCCGCUUAAGACACGUCCCCAACUCGUCGCCCCCGAACCCGAGCACUGCCCAGGCCCUGAAUCCGAACAAGCCGGCAAAGCCGACUCAUGUGCUGGCUGCCCGAACCAGGCAAUAUGCGCAUCAGCACCCAAGGGUCCAGAUCCGGACAUACCGUUAAUAUCAGAGCGGCUAUCAGGAGUCAAGCACAAGAUUCUCAUCCUGUCCGGGAAGGGUGGCGUAGGUAAAAGCACAUUCACGAGUCUCCUCGCACACGCAUUCGCAACAAACGAAGAAAUGACUAUUGGUAUCAUGGACACCGAUAUAUGUGGACCUAGCAUACCCAAAAUGAUGGGCGUGGAGUCUGAGACGAUACAUAUUAGUAACACGGGCUGGUCGCCUGUCUGGGUUGCCGACAAUCUUGGCGUCAUGAGCAUACAGUUUAUGUUACCAAAUCGUGACGACGCAAUAAUCUGGCGUGGCCCAAAGAAGAAUGGUUUAAUCAAGCAGUUCUUAAAAGAAGUAGAAUGGGGAAACAUGGACUUCUUACUAGUCGAUACACCUCCGGGGACAAGCGAUGAGCAUCUCAGCGUGAACAGCUUUUUGAAAGAGAGCGGGAUUGACGGUGCCGUUAUGGUUACAACGCCGCAAGAGGUAGCACUUCUCGAUGUAAGAAAAGAAAUCGAUUUCUGCAGAAAAGCAGGAAUAAGAGUGCUGGGUCUAGUAGAGAACAUGAGCGGUUUUGUGUGCCCGAAAUGCACACACGAAAGUCAGAUAUUUAAGGCUACUACUGGGGGUGGCGCGGCUUUAGCAAAGGAAAUGAAUAUCCCGUUCUUAGGCGAGGUACCACUUGACCCAAGGAUAGGGAUGGCAUGUGACUACGGGGAGAGCUUCUUCGACCAUUAUCCCGAUAGUCCAGCAUGUAAAGCGCUCAAGGGUGUCGUUAAAGGCGUUGCUCGCGAGAUAGGUCUCGAUGCACAACAUAUAUUACCCGACGACUAA